CAAGAAGGAACUUAAAUUGUGACGCGAUAAAGCAUUUCAUCACAAUUCCUGCCUAACAAUGGCAUUAACAACGCUGUAUCAUUUCACUUUAUGUAUUUUUCCGGUGCUCAAGAAGAACUUGGGAAGGCAAAUUUCAAUAAGAAUGGAUUCAUCUGGUGAUAUGGAUACGAACGCCGAACAUGCUCAUGGAAGCGACCAAUAUACUUUCUCUCACUCAUCGGGAGAAAUGUCUCGAAAACGAAAAUUUAGUCCUAGAUCUUCCGAGGAUGUCAAGGAAUUUGAUGACGAUGUCCAGGUGAAUGAAGACGGUAGUGAUAUAACAAGUACACCAACUGAUCCACAUUCAAAUGAAUCUAAAAGAUGUUGCAGAAAGCUCAAGUUUACAACUAACACUGACGAUUCCGUUUCUCCUAUGCUUACUUUGCCAAACGAGCUGCUUGCCCAUUUAGUACAAUAUCUGAAACCUAAGGAAAUCGGAGGCUUAUCCUGCACCUGUCGGAGAAUCUGCUCGAUCAUUGGUGAAAAUUUUGUCUGGAGAAAUCUAUCUAGGAGCACUUUUCCGGUGUGGAACGAUCGUACGUACGGAAUUACUGCUGACGACUCCAAUACUUCGACUUCAACAUCAAACAACGUGAAACCUUAUGUAGGAAAUUGUUGGAAACGACAAUAUGUUUUGAAUAGUACAAAAGCCCUCUACUAUCAAAGCCUUGGUAGCUCUAGAGGUAAAAAUAUUAACAAAGUAAUGGACACACCUUCUGCGUAUGGUUUUAAAAAGAUGUGUUGUAGCAGAGAUCAUGUAUUUGCAUUGGACUUCUCUGGAAUUCUACACGUCUACCGAAGCAGAUGGGAAAGAGAUCCUGUGACAAACGAAUUCACGUAUAAACGAGCAAGCUGGCAUCGAGAAUUUUCAAAGCAUGUGGUUGACGUUACAACAGACCCGCGAUACGACAACACCCAUCGCAGAUACGUUUAUGUGUUGAGUCAAAGUAAUGGGAUGUUGAACAAGAGAUCUCACCCGAACACACGGAGUAGCAAUCAGGUUCAGGACGGUUGGAACAAGUAUGGGGUGCCAUCAUCUGGCGACAAAAUCGAUGUCUUCGAUGAACGAUCAUGCAGACGAGUUUUCAACAUGACCUUCGACCCGGAAAUGAGAUUUACUUCUAUGAAAUUAACUUCUGCUGAAUCUCAACAAAAGACAUUGUUCAUGUUAACUGACGCUGGAAAAGUUUAUUCACUUCAUUUGUUUGAGCCAUCAUUACUGAAUCUCGGUACAGAAGGUAUCCAAGUAACUUUGAAAUCUGCGUCAAAAUGUCUGGGUGAAAAAGUCAAAGCCAUCAAUACCAGUGUCGGGAUUGUAUCAUUCAUUACUGUGUCAGGUAAAGUCCAUAUCAUCGCUCAACGACCUGGUGAAUUUUACGAUUUAUUUGGAAGAGAAAAUUCAGCAAGAUUAGGAGUUCCACUUCCCAUACAGCAUAUUGCCAAGGUUGUACAAUGUUCAAUCGGAGAUCGUCAUAUGGGUUUUCUCGAUGAAUAUGGACGAGCGUUUGUUUUGGGAAACAACAGAUGCGGACAACUUGGCACGGGAGAUCGCAUGGAUCGAACACAUCCAACUCAAGUCUUGUGCAAUAAGAAUAUCAGGAUUUUGCAUUGCAGUUUAAAUCAUACACUGGCCGUAGUUGAAUCAUGGGAAAGAUGUUCAGUGUAUGGUACUGGAUGCGGAAAUAACGGAAGACUUCCGGGAAGAGGGAGAGGAAGUGUCGAAUUCCUAAAACUUGAUAUAAAGAUUCCAUGGAGCACUCGUCAAAUAGAUACGCACAAGGAAUGCGUGUUUGUUUUAUCUUGCUGUGACAUCGACGAAGAAAAUUUAUUUGAGAAACGUAACAACCGAAAUGAUUAUAACAACUUCCAUCUGUUAACUCCACCUAAAAAUUUGCAGGAGUUACUCAUGGACAUGAAAAAAGCGUCUCGAUUGGGAGAAAAAGUCCGAAUCUUGGAAGCAAUGAUUGAUAAAAUCGGAGGAAACUUUUCGAAAACUCCCCCGUUAGACCUUAGCCAGUUCAAGACGAUUGCUCAGUCUUCUAUCGUGGCUCCUAAAAAUAUAAAUACUAGCAAGAUGCCAAGUGCUAUCAAGGAUAUCGACGUAGGAUUGUUACGUCACGCAGCUGAAUUGUUGCGUCACGAAGUCGAACGAGUUCAACUUGACGUUGAGAUUAUGAAGAAAAAUCAUAGUUAGUUUACGUAAAAUUAUUGUACAUUUCGAUAUCACUGCCUUUUUAUGAUGAAAUACUAUUUUAACAUAUUUUUGUGAUGAAAUGCCUUCAAGCACUGUGAUAUCUAAUAUAAAUAGAAUA